AUGGCGCCCUCACCCCUGUCCACUCCUCUAACCACUCUCGUCAACAUCCAGCACCCAAUCAUGCUGGCAGGCAUGGACCAAGUGGCUGGUCCUGAACUCGCAGCCGCUGUAACAAACGCUGGCGGAUUUGGUACUUUAGGUGGAGCACGGUACACGCCGAAAAUGCUGCGGGAAAUGAUCACAGAGAUGAAAGACUUGCUCAAGGAUAAGAACGCGCCGUUUGGCGUGGAUCUGUUGUUGCCGCAGGUCGGUGGAAGUGCGCGGAAGACGAAUCACGUCCACAAAGCCUGCCGCGCAGGCGCAGACAUUAUCAUUGCGCAGGGCGGCGAAGCAGGCGGACAUACCGGCGAUAUUGCAACCAGUGUGCUGAUUCCCGCCUGCGCUGACAUCUGCAAACAAUACGCCUCUCCGCUGACCUCCAAACCCGUAAUCCUCGUCGCAGCAGGUGGAGUCAAUGACGGACGCAGCGUCGCUUCGGCCCUCAUGCUCGGUGCAAGUGGUGUAUGGAUCGGCACACGCUUCAUCGUCUCUAAUGAAAGCAAGGCACCGCAAACCUUCAAAGAUCAGGUCAUCGCUGCGGAUUACGAUAGUUGGGUCAAGUUGACCGUUUGGAGCGGAAGGCCGCUAAGGGCACUGAGGAAUCCAUGGCUUACGGACUGGGAGGUUAACCGCCAACAAGAAAUCAAAGAGCUUUCAGACAAGGGAAUUGUACCGCUGGAAUUUGAGUUGGACAGGUUGCAUAAAGAAGGAAAGUUGACGGAGGAGAUUGAGGACGCUGCGGCGUUGAGGCAAGUGGUUGCGGUGCCGAUUGGCGUAGUUGGAGGGUCUGUGAACAAGCCUGGACAGUCUGCCAGUGAGAUUGUGCAUGAGAUUGUGCACGAGACUGUCGUUGCGCUGAACAACGCGACUUUAUAUGUGAAUGCGGCCGCAAAGUUGUAA